GUUGAAAAGAAGGUACCAGAUAAAGAAGAGGAAGACAAAAAAGCAGCCAUCUGGGAGAAGACCAACACAUUACCUAGUAAUACUUCCAAAUUCAACUCUGAAUCGCCGAAGAGCGUUAGAAAAAGGUUCGGAUCUGCUUCCGAGGAAACGAUUCUGAAAGUUAACGGCCUAUCUGAGGUUAGCAAUCUUGCGCUUGCUCCAACAGAGCUGGAAAGUCUCAAAGUUGAAAUAGUUAAAGAAGUUAGGAAAGAAAUCGCCAAAAUGAAACAAGAAAUUCUAGAUGCAAUCAAAUCUGAACUGAAUCGGAGGUAAUUUCCCGGACAUACUCUAAAGACAGUUGGGAAGUUUGAACAUUGAUAAAAAAUUUUGUAUUGUUUUUACACAUGAACCGGACUAAAUUACAAUUUAUAUCGUAUAAGAUAAGUAAUAAUCUCGAUAUUACUAACGUAAAGAUGUACGUUUAUGAAAUGGAACAGAUUGUGAUGGAAAUAUAUAUUGGUCUAAGAGUCUCGAAUAAAGGCUUUAAUUUUCUCCAAGUGUUCAACUGCUCAAAAGUUCACGAGUUGAUUUAUAAUUCUGAGUCAACAGAUGAUUUUAAUUUUAGAUAUUUUUCUUUCUACCCCGUUUUCUUAGAUCAAUACAUGUUUCUGUUUCCUCUAUUUUGAAUCGGCUGUUCUGUACAUUAACCUUAAUGAAAAUCUAGUUAGGUGAAAUUUUUAUAUGACAAAAAAUCAUUGGGUUGUGUAUCGCUGGAGUGUUUUCCAAAACAAUUGCUAUCGAUGCUCUGAUUUGAACGUACAGGAUAGCUGAAAGUUUUUAUUGAAAUUGCUACUAGGUGUUGUGAAAAAUAGAGCACUUUUCAUUUGGUAGUUUUCCGACAA